AUGGAUGCGCAGAAUGCCGCCGAGUCGGACCAAACGACGCCUGCUGUGGACGCUCCGCAGCGGCGACCUUGCUCUGAAAACGAGAAGAAGCCCAAAUCUCCGCUGACUGCGAACGUUUCCAUCUUGUCCAAAGACCCUGCCGUCAAGAGGACUUCUGCCGAUGACCUUCAUUACCCGACAGCCCCUCCCGAUGAUGCACCUGCCGACCGCGACUCCGAUGCCGAGACCAUUGUUCUGCCCGGCAAGGACGGUCACUCACCAUCCAAGGCCCGCAAGGUGAGGCAAGAGGACAAGAGCGAGAGCGAUGGCCAUGUUGCCAAAGGCCACGACGCCAACAGCAACGGGGAGAGACCGCGCCAUGUCGACAGGUCUGUUCAUGGCAGCCGCCCGGAAGAAAGCGCCAGGAAGAAACUUCCUUCCGUUUCUGCUGCUUCUUCCGUCGACAAGGACCGUCCGCCUCGCAACAAGGACGCUGCUUCCAGUGGCUUGAGCUCUGCACCGGCCUCUCCAUCUCACCAGCAUCAAAAUCAGAACCAUAAUCCCAGCCGCAGGCGAAAGUCGGACGCUGCUCUCUCAUCAUCCCCCUCGGACGACUCGGAGCCCUCCGCCCGUAAAACAUCAUCCAAGGCAUCUUUACGUGAUAGUUUAAAGUCUUGUGAGCGACCAUCACUACACAAACGCAAAGCCUCAAAGAUCGAGUCUGACGACGAAGCGGACCUUCGAAAAGCGCGCCGUCAACGCACCACAAGCGUUGGAUACGACAGUGGCAGACCCAAGGACUCCCGAUUGUCUCAUGCUAAGCAUGAUAAUCGAAACAGAUCCAUCUCACCCUUACCACGGCAGCAUCGACGAAGCACUUCCACACAGCUUCCAUCCCACUCCUCGUCCUCCAACGGGCCGGGCAACAAGAAGCAGCGCCUGCCUCUUCCACUUCAAUCCACCGAUUACCAAUCCGACUCGUCUUCUACCUGUGGUAGCCCGCAUCCCCAGAGCUCCAAAAUACGCUCCCUUGCCACCCUGGCUUCAGCAGAUUCCAACAUUUCGCCGGCAAAGAUGGGCCCUCACAAAAAGCAUCUUGACGCCCAUGGCCAGACUCUUUUGGCCCGCGCAUGUGCCCGCGGAGAAUAUGAAGGAGCAAAGCAAAGGCUUCGCGAGAGACCAGAGGAUCUGAACGUCGCGGAUUAUGCAGGAAACACUCCACUUCAGAUUGCCGCAAUUAAUGGCUGCGAGGACCUCGUGAGGCUCCUUAUUGAAGCCGGCUGCAAUUUGGACUGUGUCAAUUAUGACAAAGACACACCUUUGCUUGAUGCAGUAGACAAUGGCCACCUUGGCGUGGUCAAGCUCCUCCUUGAUGCUGGCGUAAACCCUCGCAAGGCCAACGUGAACGGAGAAGAACCCAUCGACCGUGUUAGCGAUGAAACCGACAAUGCUGACGAAAUUCGCUCAGCUCUGCUGGAGGCCAAGAAGCGAGCUGGCGAGAGGCGCAGGACAUCAGAAGACCAACAUUCCCAUACCGACAACCAUGACGCCAGGGACACCACCCAUGCCCCCGAAAGCCCUCGGCAAUCACCAGCAGCCGGCGCCCCCGUUGGUACGGGCAGAAGAACGGGAACCGUUCGCUCCACCAAGACCAGAAACGAUCUUCUGUACAUGCCCCUGGACGACAAGACUCUACGACAAGCUGCGGGACGUGGUGAUGAGGAAACUGUAGCUCGUAUUCUGCAGGUCAAGGAGGGGUAUGACGAUCCGGAAUCCAUGGUAGCCGCGGCGAGAGGAGGCCAUGAUUUGGUGAUCCAGCUCCUGCUGGGCUUGGGCGGCGCAAACGCCGACCCUGGUCCGGUGGCUUCUCUCCCCGCAGAGUUUGCUACGCCAAUUCUCGCGGCAAUAGGUCAAGAAAACAUCAAGGUGGUCGAGCUGCUUCUUGAGCAACAGGGGUUCGACCCGACCCGCCGGUUCAAGGGAGAAACAUACUACGAGAUUGCCCGAAGACGGCAGGGAACGAAUUGGAAAGAGGAGGAACAUUUGCUGAAGAAUGCCUACGAUGAAUACAAACGAUCCCACAAGGACUUGCUGAAGGCCAAGUCUCCGGGAGGGCGCCGCGAUCGCGAGAGAACGUUCCGGCGUGAUGAUCAAAAGGAGGACUUCAGGGCCUCGAAGCGACGGUUGUCAAGUCCUUCUAGGGAUAUCGAACCGAAAAAGAAGCCCCAAAAGCUGGGCAGUCCGACAGAGAAGAAGAGGUCGGGCUCGAUUACCAACAAGGGCGAUGACGAGGCUCAAAAGAGACAACCGGGACGACUGAGGAAAGAGUAUUCGGGCAUUUCGGAUCGGGAGGUCUCCCCCGCCCCAUCUCACAAGCCACACAAGCCCAGGCGCGUCGAGUCUGAUAUUGCUGCCAUGUCUUCCGAGGGCGAGACGGCGAAGCCCAGACGAAAGCUCGUGUCCAAGGGAGAGCUCAGAGGUGAACGCGACAAGCAAAGGCGGACCUCGUCUCACAAGGAACCGUCAAGCCCGCGCGACCCUAAGAAUGACGACGGUUCGGAAAAGCUCAGGCCGUCCGAGAAAUACCAUGACAGGGCCAAGGCUCUCAAAAGGGAUGAAACGAAGGACUGGCCCUCUGGCGACGGAACCUCUAAGCGGCCUAGAUCAAGUGUGACACCCGACCGUCCGAGCGACGUCGACAAGGAGAGCAGCGACGCUCCCAUCAAGAGACGCCGACUCGACAUGGAAGGCCAGGAAAGCCGCCAGAAACGACCGUCGUCAGAAGACGGCCGACCGCGCAAGUCCAACUCGUCGCGGGACGGCUCUGUCAAGCCUGCUGCAUCAACGCACCACAAGGAUCGUGACGAACACUCGAAGCGUGACUCGGAUACCAAGCUCACCGCUCAGAGUGCCCAGACAGGGGUCGGUGAAAAGUCCAUCAAUGUCAAAUCGGAAGAUGUCGAUAUCCCCAUGCCGGACUUGGAACCGGCAAAGACGGCACGAUCCGAAGAGGUUGGAAAAGGGACCAGCGAGAGCGACAAGGUGAAGAGACGAGAGGCCGAAGAGGACGCCGCGAAGAGGGAUGAGGAAAACCGGAGACGUGCGGCGGCUGAGGAAGCCAAGAGGCAGAAGGAGGCGGAGGUUAAAAAGGCAGAGGAAGAGAAGCAGCGGAAGCGCCUGGAAGAGGAAUCCAGAAAGCGCAAGGAACAAGAAGAACGCGAACGCUACAAAGCAGCUCGGCGUGAAGAGGAAGAGAGGAGACAGCGACUGGAAGAAGAGAAGAGGAGGAAGGAAGAGGAGGAAAAGAAGAGGCGGAUCGAAGAAGAGAAGAGGAGGAAGGAAGAGGAGGAAAAGAAGAGGCGGAUUGAAGAAGAGAAGAGGAGGAUGGAAGAGGAGCGUCUCCGCAAGGAAGAGCUGGAACGAGAGGCGGCCGAGGAGGCCCGUCGACAACGAGAAGCUGAGGAAAGGAAAGAACGGGAGCGACGUGAACGCGCCCAUCGGGAAGAAAUGGAACGCAAACGAGCAGCACGAGAAGCCGAACUACGACGAAUUCGCGAAGAACAAGAACAAGCUCGCUUAGAGAAGCUCCCGCCGCUCCUGCGCUGGCUCGAUACGCACCCUGGUCCCAAGACGGGCUCAAUCACGGAGAAAUUCAAGAGCAUGCUCGGUAUUCGGUAUGAUACGAUCCGGCCAGCGGCGACCGGUACUCCCGAGGGUCGAGAGCAAUGGGUUCUGAACACUCAUGUUGCCUUGCUUCUUGGUGAAAAAGACUUGGAUCUUUCCAGAUAUACCGCUUGGGAACGAGCUCCGGUCUCGCUUCUUGCCAAGACGACGAUUUGGCGAACUGAAUGGCCACGGUACUCUUUAUUGUCGGAAAAGUUGUGGGAGCUUGGACGACAGCUCCCUGGAUACUAUGGUGACGUCGAGCCUUCCCGCCUGGACUUUCAAACGAAACAACGACUCAAGGUGUCUGCAUGGGAGAAGUUUGCAGCCCUGGAUAUGUUUUUUGUAAAGCUGUCCGACUUCCUCUAUACGGUCCCCAACAUUCCUCACCUCCGCAACGUUCGACUCGCAGUGGAAUAUCGCGAGCUGCUGGAAAACGAAGCACAGCUGGUUGGCUGGAAGACGACUCAUAAAUGGAAACAAGACCCUGAUGCCGACCGUUUCCACGGCUUUGCGCCGCGCAGCAAGUAUUACAUGAACGGCAGCAUGGUCGGGGAAGACCUGCCGACCAGCCAUAAGACGAGCAAGACUCCUUUUCCGGAAAAGCGAGUUCCGAGGCGAGGCCUUGUGCAGGUGCUCCCCGACGACCCGGACUACGAGCGCAUUUGCCUAGAGCAGGGCCUAGAGCACCUGAUCAAGAGCUUGCAGACGCCGUCGCUGACAAACGGACUCGAUUCGUCUCCGAUGGUGCACACGAUGCCCAACGCGUCCAAUGCGAGUAUCAGCCUGGCAAACGGGUACGCGAACGGCGCCAAAGUCAACGGCAUCCACGAUACAUCCUAG